CACAAUAGAUCAACCUUCUCUCUAUUACUAAAAAAAAAAACAAGGGAAUUAGUUAUCGAAAAUCCCGGAUUUAUUGAACCUAUAGCCUCUUUCUUUCCUUAUAUAAUCGACUCUUCUCUAGUUCUCCUUUUCUUCUUCCCUACUUAUCAAACUUCAACCCAAGAAUUUUACACAAAGAAAAACUUCACCCCAAGAGGAGACUAUUUUGGUCAAGAAUAAAUAAUCAAAGAAAAAGGAAAGAGAGAAAAGAUUAUGGAGCAGUUGAUUAACCUAAAGGAAACGGAGCUCUGUCUUGGCCUCCCUGGAGGCCCAGAUCCCGUGGAGACUCCAACCAAGUCAUGCCUGAGGAACAAGAGAGGCUUCUCUGAGAUAGUUGAACUCAAACUCGGUCUUCACUCUACCAAAGAAGGAUCCGUGGAUCUCAACGUUGCCGGAGCUCCCAAGGAGAAGACUCUCCACAAAGACCCUUCUAAGCCUCCUGCUAAAGCACAAGUGGUAGGUUGGCCACCGGUGAGGAACUACCGAAAAAGUGUUAUGACUCAUCAGAAGUGUAGCGAAGUGGAGGAGGCAUCGAGCGACAGAGGAGGAGGAACCGUCGCCUUUGUGAAGGUUUCAAUGGAUGGAGCUCCUUACCUUCGUAAGGUUGACCUCAAGAUGUACAAAAGCUAUAAGGAACUUUCUGAUGCCUUGGCCAAAAUGUUUAGCUCUUUUACCAUGGGGAGUUAUGGAGCACAAGGGAUGAUAGACUUUAUGAAUGAGAGUAAAGUGAUGGAUCUAGUAAACAGUUCUGAUUAUGUUCCAAGCUACGAGGACAAAGAUGGUGACUGGAUGCUCGUUGGUGAUGUCCCCUGGCCGAUGUUUAUCGAGUCAUGCAAACGUUUGCGCAUUAUGAAAGGAUCCGAAGCAAUUGGACUUGCUCCUAGGGCAAUGCAGAAGUGCAAGAACAGAUUUUGAACAAAAAAUGAGUACAAUAUGAAUGACGAAUAUUGAAUUUUAUUUUGUAUCGUUAUAAUCUAAUGUGUUUAUAACUUUUCUGUGUGAGCGUAUAUAGGAACUAUAAUUGUUUUUAAAAAGAAGUCACAAAUUUGUGUGUCGACCAAAAGUAGGAUUGUCGAAUGGAUUGGCUGACCAUGGGUCGUCUAUGUCCAAAUCCAAAUAAACCGGUUUUAGUCAAAA